AUGCUAGCACCGGUUACCACACGGACGAAGACUAUCGCCAACGGCCCCACCCGAACAUCCAAGCCACUGACCAUAGUUACCCAACAGACUCACCAGACAGUGGAGCAGCAAAAGGGAACUCGGAUCGAUGCCAAGACUGCACGGACAUGCACCAUCCUGAAAUUGGUCACUUUAACGGAGACAAAGGGGACUAGUGGUGUGCCAGUGUUAGGCGAGAACGAAGACAGUUCAGCUGAAAUAUUUGCAAUGAGUGGUGGAGCUCUUAUCAGUGGCCGCCGCAGAGCUUGCCCCCUCAUCAAAUCCAUAUGCUCCACCAUUCUGCGCCGCGGGGCCCACAAGUCGCCCGAUAACGCCUUGUUGCCCCAUUCGCCAUUGCAGUCCAAAAUGCAGAGGUUGCUGAGUAAUGAGAUCCAAUAUCAGUGCGAUUACGCUCCUCCUCACCAGCCUCUAACGGAGUACGAUGGAUUCUCGGUUGAAGAUCGACCUGGUGAGCAGUUAAUCACGUUGAGUGGGAAAUCGACUGAGGAUGAGAAUAUAAAAAUUGAUGCGACUAUGUUUGAUGGGUUCAUAGUUGAUCGAAUUAAGGACGAAAGGGGCACCCGGGAAAAGCCGCGGUUUCAUAUUAGCAUGUUGGUCGAUAUACGGAAAGGAGAAAGGAGUGAUGCAAUAAAAUUUGUCUGUUCGGCCUGGCCCGAUUCAUUGGAAAUUCAGAAAGUGUUCGUUUACAAACAUGACGAAUCAUCGCCUCGAUUCUACAUGGGUCCUGAUUUCAAAGCAGUAAUCCAGCAUGAAGUUCACGUUUUUAGCCAAAAUGCGGUCUCCAUAUUGAACCUGUACACGAAUCUCCAGAUUGGAUUUUACCAGUUCCUGGAUGUAAGGGGAGUAAAUGAUAAACUUGCACUGUUUUUGCAUAAGUACAUUGCGAACAAAGACAGGAUUGAGCUGAUACAGUGGAUGAAAGGACUCUUUUUUACCAUGAAGCACAUUAAACAGUCAUUGCGGAAAAUUCUUUGGAUGCAUAUGGUUCCUGUGGCAGCUGCGAAAAGAUUGGAUUUGUUCUUUGUGGUUCGGCAGAAAAGAAUAUGGAUAUAG